UGCCCUCUGCUCCCCUAGUGAACUAGGUUUGCACAAGUCUUUUGUUUUCAGACAGACGAAAAUGAAGCUCCAGCUAUUGAUAGUUUUUGUGCUCAGCUUUGACAAAUUCCCUGAGAAAUGUCACAGCGCCGCUGAAAAUGGUAAAGUUCUCUCCAUCACUGCAUCAACGCCAGAGCAGGUGGAUAUCCUCAGAAACAUAUCAUCUCAAUUUGAGACAGUGCUAUGGCAACCAGCCUCGCCGUUCCACAUCACUGCAGACACAGAGGUGCAUCUGUACGUACCUCAAGAGAGUGUGCUCAAUGUAACAGCACAGCUGGAAAGCAACCAGUUCACACACAGUAUCAUGUUGGAAAACACAGAGGAGCACAUUGAGCUUCAGACCAAAAAUGAUACCAAAGACCCACGUCUGGGAGGGCCAUCAUUCUAUGAACGUUACCAUAACUUGGAAGAGAUUUACCAUUGGGUCAACAAGACGACAAAGGAACAUGCAAAUAGGGUGACAGUGCUCCUCAUCGGCUCUUCCUUUGAAAAACGGCCACUUUAUGUCCUGAAGAUAUCUGGCAAAACAAGUGACACACCAAAGAAAGCCAUGUGGCUAGACUGUGGGAUCCAUGCGAGGGAGUGGAUCUCUCCAGCAUUCUGCCUGUGGUUUGUGGACAAAUGCAUAAAUCAUUACGGUUUAGACCGUGAGAUUACAGAAAUGAUGGACUCCUUAGACAUCUACGUUCUGCCAAUGAUGAAUCCAGACGGAUAUAAACACACUUGGACAACUAAACGUAUGUGGAGAAAGAACCGGGCCAUUCAUCCAAACGGUGUCUGUGUUGGAGUUGAUCUAAACCGCAAUUUUGAUGCAAACUGGUGCACAUCCGGGGCCAGCAGCAACCCCUGUGAGGACACAUACUGUGGGCAGUAUCCAGAGUCCGAACCAGAGGCUCAAGCUGUGGCCAACUUCCUGCGUAGCCACAAAGACACAGUGAAGCUUUACGUCUCCAUCCACUCCUACUCCCAGAUGCUGCUCUUCCCGUACUCCUGUGCACACGAGCUGGCCCCCAACCACGACGAGCUAAAUGAAAUGGCGAAGGAUGCAGCCAAAGACAUCCAGAGGUAUUACAGGAGCUAUUACAAGUUUGGCUCUGGAUCAAAAACCAUAUAUUUGGCUCCAGGAGGAUCCGAUGACUGGGCCUAUAACCUUGGGAUCAAGUACUCUUUCACUUUUGAACUGCAGGACCGUGGUAGAUAUGGAUUCCUCCUGCCACCAAAUCUCAUCGCCAAUGCAUGCAAAGAAUCGCUCUUGGCAUUGAAGAGUAUUUCUCUCAAGGUUAUCAAAAGAAUAUAAUGAGCUUAUGUUCACAUGGAGAUAUAGGCCUUAGUGCUGUUGUCAUUAGUAAUGUAUAUUCUGUUUCUUUUGAAAAGUGUGUUUACAUUCAUAUCCAAAUAAAUCAAUAAAUGCACCAAAAUAUCA